AGGUUGCUUCUCACGGAUGUUUCAUCUGUAACUGUUUAUUUUACAUUCUUUCCAUACCAUGCUGUGCAUCUAAAUACAAAAAUCCAAUUUCACUCGUGUCGAACAAUUUUCGCCAUUGACAUGGUGUUUCAUUUUUGUCUGGAUUCUUCCUCUUCGUACAUUUUCAUUUGCUUUUGUCAAAUGCACCCUGUUCAUUUUGCGUUUGCAUUUUGAGUCGUACGUAUACAGUACUUCUAAAGAUAGAUGUCGAAUUCUACUCCUGCACCUGCUUCGAAAGGCGGUGCAGCUAGUGCUAGUAGCGGCAUCAAAAGCGGGUCUCGGCAAGUGGCGCCCUCCCGGGAUCUGGUGCAGACUGACCCAGCCUCGGAGGUGGCUUUGAAAGAACUCUGUGGGAAGGAGCACUCGCUGUCCAUUACGGAAGAUUAUCUAAGCGCGACGAACUGGACCGUAGAGCGGGCGUGCGACGAGCUCGUGCAAAACUUGCUCGAUCAGGCCGAAGUGGUCGCGGGGAGGCAAAACACUGUCGGUGGGGUAGUUGCGGAAUUCGAUCAGUCGGGAGCAGUUGGCGACAAUUGCGCGAAGCACUGGCAGGCGGUUCUGCAGGACAGUCAGAAAACGACCGCGUUUGCUCAUGUGCGCAAUAUGCGACUCCCUGGUGCUGGCGGUGCUGUGCAGGAGGUGUUGCACCUGACUUCCUAUGCGACGGCCCUCUACCCGAAGGCCUUUUUUUACGGGCACACAGGUGCAGAGAAGAAGCCGACGAAUAAUUCUGCGGGAGGUAGCGGAAAUGCAACGGGAGCGAAAACCAUCCGGGGUCGCUUUGGGGACGGACUGACGUCGGCUCUUCUGGUGCUUGUGAAGGAUGGGUACGUCGUGCAGAUCCAGUCCGCUGGGCAUAGGUACGAAUUUCUGCUGAAACACAACGCGGUGGCCUGCGGGCAGUGUCUGCACUACAAAGUUGUGAAAGAGGACCAAGGUUCAUCUCUUUGUGGCGACAACAAACCGUCAAGUGACUUUUGCCCGGCAUUUGACAGCAGUCGUGACACACGGAUAUCGGUGCAUCGCGUGUUGGCGAGGAGCAAGCUGAAUGGAGCGCAGCAGAUGUUCGAUCCGACGAGGUAUUUGGCCUUGAAUCCAGAGGUGCGUUUCAUUUACAAAGGACAGCGUUACGACAUUCUGGCAAACCAGGCCGCGAGCGUCUUUGUUAAGGGAAUGCUCACACAGCGAGAACCGGCCUUGCACAACGCAAUGCACACGAAAGUGCUGGAGCUGAAGUGCCGCGACCGGGAGGGAACUAUCACGCACGGGGCGUUAAAGGGUAUGUGCGUGGAAGCGUGGACGGAAGCCACGAAGAGCAAGAAUGCCGCACGCGUAGCUCAGCUCUACGACACGAUGAACAGAAACCACCGCGCGCACAUCGAGCGGGACGCAAUCUGCGAGGUCGGCCCGAGCCACCCGCUUGCUACCACACUGGCAGACCACUUUGUGCGGCUGCACGGCGAACAUGCAACUGCGGUGGAGACAGAUGACCAGAAGGAUGCUGCGGAACGACAGGGGCGGAAGGGCGUGCGGCUCCACUCGAGCAAGCUCGCCACCUUCUUGCGCAGGGUGAUGGUGGGCAACAAGAGGUACUGGAGCCGCGUGGCUGCACCCGCAAGCUCCUUGGCUCCGCAGGGGGCUGCAGCAGGCCACGCAGCUGCAGCAAAAGCCAACCUGAUUGCCAAAGGCCUUUUGCGAAAAGGCGAAGAGGCUCCGUGUUGGAUGGAGGCGCUGGCGGAGCUUUUGUUCGCGCCCGGUGUCAAGGAGGUGGACGUCACCGACUUAAACGAGGAAGAGGCGGCUUAUAUCGAAGGCAGAAAAUAUUUAGAUAGACGUUUUCGAGAGAAAAAGAAAAUGCUUUGCAUAUUCAAUAUGCAAAGCAUUUUCUCUUCAAAAAUGCAAUAAUAUUGCAUUCUUCACACGCAAAGUGCGUGACUGCUUUUCGAGUGGUGCGUAAAACUGCGAGGAGAUCAUGAUGAUUUAGACAUGGAAACAAGAACGCAGAAAAAAGUUUUUUACCUUGGAUAUUACUUGUGUCGGUCAGUGUCGACACAGUGGCGGCGGUGGCUCCUCACCUAGGCAUUUGCGGCAAGAUAUGCAGAUUCUACACGAACGCAAGCGAGGACAACGAAGGUGCAGGGGCGGAAGACGCAGCAGAAGAUGACCCACGCGUUGCCGACAAGACGACAGGGAAGAAAGGUGCUGGGACCUCAUCUUCUACUGCGAGCAAGAAGAAGCAACUCGAGCAGGUGGCCCACGUGUUCGGCAGCCCUUCUACUGGAGGGUAUCGCAUUCGAGCCGCGAACCAGCCCGAUUUGCAAACGGUUGCGCAGGCUUCUGCCGUAGCGUCCCAAGCAUCGGAGGUGUUCGGGCCGGACAGCAAGCCCUUCGCGAUCGACGAUGACGAGCCGCCGAUCGGUGGUUUUCCAGUAGCAAAGGACGCGACGGGGAGGUACUACAUUUACUACGACAAUUACUCCCACCGCUGGGUACUGGACUCCCUGCAAGGUUUCAAGACGUUUAAGAGUACCGGACAGGUUUCGCACUGUUCUUGGGUAGCGGAAUGCGACGCGGACAACUGGUGGGAGACGGACCACUGGUAUGUGCGGCAGUCGCAGAACCGCAAGAAACACAAACAAAUGCAACUCGCGAUGGCCAACAGAAGCUUCACAAACUGCAAACUCGCGACUACGGCGCACUCCGAUCCUGCCGUCGUGGAAGCGGUGCUGCUCCCACUGCACAAGCUGAAAACUUACGAGUGUGGAAGCAAAUCCUGCCCAACGAAAGAUAUCAUUCCGAUUUGUGGCGACGACAAGACCACAGGACAACGCAAAUGCUUUUGCGCGUAUACAAAGCUUUGCGCGUCCUUACUCUCCGAGCGCAGUGCCGUGCUGCGGGAGAAGAUGCCUCCGGCGACGCUGGUCGAGAGUAUCAAGCUGCGCGUGGUGGCAAAACUAGCAGCGGCGCAUGCGGCAAGCGCUGCCGCAGCAAAGCAGACCGAGGCGGCCGCGAAAGCAAAGGCUGCUGCAGCAGCUGAGAAGCCUCCAACGGCUGCGGCGAGCACCAGUGCGCUGCUAUCACUUUUGAAGAAUGGCGUCGGACCAGAGCGAGCGAUCGAGGCCUGGGUAGCAGCGGGUAGCAACAGCAAUGAGAUCGAGGAGCGGAAAGUUCUGGUUGCGCAGAUCCAGAAGCUUGCGCUCGAGAAGAGUAAAUUGCCUGCUACUUCUUCAAAAAGUCCAUGCGCAGCAGAGACAGGGGGUGCUGGUAGCUGCGGGGGUGACAGCACCAAGGGUGGAAAAGAGUGCUGGCCACAUUCCUUUACUGUGCCUGGCACUGCAACAUCCAGCAGCGGCUAUAGUGGCGGACCCCGGGCGGCCGAUGUCAGUCAGGCAAGCGCUUGGCUGGGGGAUCGUGCGUUGAGCUUUUAUUUGGCAUUGCAGGGUACACAGGCAGGCCUCUCCGCUGGGCAGAUGGCAGAGCUCAGUGGUAGACUUCUUUCAAACGAAGCACUCGGAAAAAUUCUAGAUCCUUCGUCGGUAAAGGGCAGCACCGACACGGCAAACACCGGAAGAACGUGGCUGCGCGCAAAUGCUGACCGCGUGGAGGGGGCCGCCGGCAAGAGUUUGGAAAAUCCUGCGCUGCUGCCGGUAGCGCUCUCAUUAUUGGAGAACUCUAUCGGAAAGAUCAAACUGCCAACGCGUCCUGCUUCUGCACUUAUUACCGAGGAGGUGCAAGCGAUGGUUAAUACCGGUCGCUCGAAGAAGCGCUUGCGAUCUCCCGCAUCUUCGGGACCAAGCGUUCUUGAGGAAGACACCCUACAAAGUCCUGCAGACGCGGACAUGAAGGUAGUGCCAGCAGCUUGUAGUGCGAGCGGUGGUGAUUGCAACACAGACGAGACUGCCCCAGUUCAGGACGUCGCUCCACCUGCGAAACGGCGGAAAAUUUAGACGGCAAUUGUGCGGGACGAAAUUUUAAACGUUGAGUUUCUUUCUCAAGCCGGAAUGUUGAUGAGGUCAAGGCAACUUUGCAGUGCAUUGACAUCAUAUAUUGAACGAAGCGUAGGCAUGUCUACAGAAAAAGAGGGAGCAGUUCAAAACACUUCACGCGCGAAGUAUAUUUGUUUCGAUGUUUGCUGCAAGAGGAAGCAGAGGUCAGUGCUGGAGUCCGACUCUGUCAAC